GUGCCGAAAUGUUUAUUUUACAAUGUGUGCCCCAAAAUCUUUAUAUUUCUUUGUGGUUGUUAUGUGUUGAUAUUAAUCUUAACUUUUAGCUAACUAACCGUAACCUGAGUUCACCUGAGACGGAUAAAGGAGGGAUGGGAGGAUUAACAACAAAUGUGUUGAAGAGCGCUCAGGGUGUCCCUCCACUCUGCCGCAGACUGGCUAAUUGCUAGAAAACUGUCUGCCCUGGCGCCCACCGAAUGCAGCUGAUGCCCCUUUUUCUUUCGAAUUGCUUAACUUAAUUGGUGCUGUGGACAAAUAAGACAAAUACAACAAAUGCAAGUCAGGGUGGAAGGCUCUGGACGACAACAUGCUGGGGGCAGUUCCUUUGAACCGGCCCACUCCUCCGAGUUUGAGUUGAACAUUUUGUCUGAUAUCAGAGUGCAUUGUGUUGUGCUCUUAGUGGGACGGAGGCUCAUUGAUGACCUGUGUUGCUUUCAAGGAUAGUCACUCAUGUACUCCAUAAUAUUUGAAUAAGUACAGUAGUUAAAAAUAGUAUCACAUGAGUUCUCUUUAAAUUCCUCUCAAAUGGCAGAUUGCUGUUCAGUUUAUGGAACCCAAUAAAAAUAGGACAGUUUAUUCCAAAAUCUAAGAAGGAAGAAACUGAAACUAUAAACACAUUUAUCUAUAUGUAAUGCCGUUAGGGGUAAAUAGGCAAACAUGUUUUAAAUCUAGAUAAACUGACCCUUUAUGGAUGUUUCAAACUGACUUCAAAAAAUUAAAAAAAUGUCACGAUACACGGAGCUAUCUGUUGGGAUUUAUUUUAGUGACACUAGCAUCGUCUGUUUGUGUCUGUGCCUUUUUACAUUUUGAUUGCCUCUGUUGCCAGGCGAUGGAGUUCCCUCAGCAUUCCCAGCAGCUGCUGUCAGCUCUGCGCUCCCAGCGCCAGCGGGGCUUCCUCUGCGACUGCACCGUCGUGGUGGGCUCUUCCCGUUUCCUGGCUCACAAGGCUGUUCUGGCUUCCUGCUCUCCGUUCUUCCACAUGUUCUACUCCGACUCUGCGGGGGUCCUCGGUGGAAACGCCACCAGCAGCUCCGUCACACUUGACAGCGACAUUGUCACGUCUGCUGCCUUUGGCUUGCUCUUGGACUUUUUCUAUGAAGGCGUGCUGCAGCUGGACGAGUCUCCGCCAGUGGAGGACAUAUUGGCCGCUGCAAGCUUCCUGCACAUGAACGAAUUGGUGAGAGUCUGCAAGAAACGACUGCAGAGACGAGGGCCUCUCGCUGAGGCAGACAGCACUCGCUCUGAAGAGAGCGCUGGUGGGAGGAGGGCAACAGAGACGGGAAAGAAGGGUGACAGUGGAGCUGAGCCUGUGGUCGCCAUGGCAGGGGAUUUCAUGAAUCCAGCCGCCACGGCAGCACCAGUUCCAUCAGUAUCCAUAAUGAUGGGGAAAAGUCCGUUGGCGUCUGUAAAGUCUGAACAUAGGACGGGUGGGGGGUCGUCAGAAGCACGGGUUAAGACUCCUCUGAGUCCCGACCUCGCUGAUACCACGCAGCCAGGCAUGGAUGCCCCUCCUCUGGCCUCAGGCGGAGAGCUGGUGCAGGGCGUCAUCACAGGCCGGUCGGCCCCUGUCGCAGGAGGUCACGGGGAGGUGUCGGCACUCUGCAGCCCUUGCAGCACCACGGAGUUAUACAGCCAUUGCAGUAACCAGCAGCCCUCCUCGUCUUCUUCCUCCCUGGUGCCAGUGGGUCAGGCUAGUGGUCGGUCAGUGGCUGCUUAUUCCCAGCCAGGAUCCACCCUCUGCCCUAGCCCACAGCAGGACGUACCCAGACUGCCACGGGAUGACUCUGUCAAGAAUCCCUCAGAGGCGUACCGUGCAGAUGCAUCAAGUGCAAGACAACAGACGGUCAUGUCAUCGGCACGAACCCCACAAAACCCAACACACUCACUGCCGCAGCGAGCACUUCCCCAGAUCCGAAUCCAGAACGCCGUGUCGCUGCAAUGCCAGAGCUUGGACUUCUACUCUGCUCCUCGGACCCAAACCCUGAAGGGACCUGAGGGGAAUGCGGAAGCUUUGGCCACCACGAGAAAUGAAAGAUCUCACCCUCGUAUGGGCAGUGUGAGGACAGACUACACUGAUGGAGAGAAGUUGAUUAUCAAAGUGGAGGCCAUUGUUAUAUCUGACGAAGAGUUGGAGGACGAGACGGAAAGCAGAGACAGAGAAUCCGUGAUGAAAGUAAACGAUGAGUUUGAAGAAGAGGAGGAGCUGCACAGUCCUCAGUUUCUCCCCUCCCACCCACAGGGCGUCUUACACAUGACCUCCCAUUUAAAUGACUACUCCUUUCCCCUCUCUCCGUCCUCUUCGUCCUCCGGUGCCGGCCCUUCCUCCCAGGACACUUCCUCCUUCACCCUCAUCCCUUCGUCCACCGCUCAGCCGCAUUCAGACCCUCCUUCCUACUUCCAGGACUUCCAGGACUCAUUGGGAAACUUUGUAGAAGACGUACCCACGUGUGGAGUCUGUGGAAAGACGUUCUCAUGUACAUACACACUGAGGCGCCACGCCAUCGUGCACACGCGUGAACGUCCCUACGAGUGUCGCUACUGCUACCGGAGCUACACACAAUCAGGUGACCUCUACAGACAUAUACGGAAAGCUCAUGACCACACGCUGCCCGCCAAACGCAGCAAGGCAGACAUGGAGCCCUCCCUGCCACCACAACCACCACCUCUUAGCUAACACACACACUAGUGUAUUUCUAUACUUAUGCACACAUAACAAACUUUAACAUGAUCGCUUAACUUGAAUUCUAUAUUUUAACCUAACUCGAGCAAAGCUGCACCUAACUAUCACUUUAAUUUUAAAUUGAUUUGUGGGUUAUUUCCUUAAAUAAUCAAUAAUAAUAGUAAUGUACACUUUUAUAAAAUUCUUCUCUACAUCUGACCCAUCCUUAGUUAUUAAGGAGCAGGGAAGCGCCCGGGAGUGACUGGGGGUUCAGUGCCUUGCUCAAGGACACUUCAACAUGCAACUAAUGGGGAGAGCGGAGAUCAAACCGGGUACCUUGUGGUUGUGGGAUGACCGCUCUCCCCAUGAGCUACAUCCGACCCAAUAGUAAGUUUGUGUCCAAAAAAAAUGUAAAAUGGUAUUUUCCCAAAUCUUAACUGUUUAUCAACAUGUAACAUAGCACUGAGUGACCAGACCAACAGGUAUUGAUGGCCAAUCAUAACACUUUACGGUGGGACUUUGCACUUAUCAGAUGGGAAAAAAAUAUAUCCUGAGGGUCAGAGAGACAUAAACAGACUACAGCAUAGAUGAGCUGGUAUUAAAGUAUAAGGGUAGUUAAAAAUUAAACAGGAAGUUGCAUAUCAGCCGUGUCUGUUGUUUUCAAGAGUGCCUUCAUGGCGCACCAUUUAACAAUGUCCGUCUCAAACACAACCCAUGUUAGAUAAAUGGUUGUGAUUGGCCCAGAAGCUUCUGCGAGAGCAAAUAAAAUAAGAGCUCUCGGAUUUGUCUUGGUCCCCAUGAGUGCAUAAAUACCAGAAUUCUCACACACACACAGACACUAAACAUGUGGCAGUGCUACCACUCGUCAUAUAUGAACAUGCUUAAUGCUCAUAUGUGAAUGUCUCCUUAGAACCCUACAACUUGUUUCUAUUGUGCAAAACUUUCGCAGGGAUUUUACAUUUUGGGUUUGUCAUUUUUUAAUACCUUUAUCAUUAUUAAUGCUUAUAAAUAUUCUCUAAAACCUCAUUGUUGUAAGACGAUUUAGAAGAUAUUUAAGCUGAGUUUUAACAAGAUAUGCGACAUCCUACACUUAAUGUGCAAAUAAAGGAAAGAUAUUGUG